AUGCGGUUGGCUUUACGAUGGCUGGCCUUUUUUGUACCGGCGGUUGUCCUACUGGUAUACCUGCGGCGCUCCAAUUACCUACUCCCCGGCCUCGGUACCAAAACGCCAUCUUCGGUUCAUGGUGAAGAAACGUUGCGCGGCGGCGCAAAAGCCGAUGCGCCCUCUAUCAAACCUAUAUCCCUUUUCUGGGAACGCUGGAGUCAGCUGAUGUACGAUACCCGGCCGGAAGGCACGCCGAUAACAAUCACUGGCAACGCCGGAACGAAUGCGCCGAAAGAUGCUUCCGCACAACGCACGCCUCACAAAGAUCUCGUCACCAAUGCGCAAGUUGAACUCGAACUGAUCCGUCUUGCCCAUCAACGAUUCAUGAAGGAGUUGGAAUCACUGGACCGCAUUGAUUAUAGCAUCUUUAGUGGUCGGGGUGUAGUCAUGGUGGGCGGGGGAGAAUAUUUCGGUCCCGCCAUCAUUGGCAUUCAGAUGCUGCGACGGACGGGUAGCACCCUGCCCGUCGAGGUAUUUGUGCCCAAUGAUAACGACUACGAACAGGACGUGUGCGAAAAGUACUUGCCCAAGCUCAAUGCGAGAUGUGUGGUAUUAUCCCACUUUCAGCCCGACCAAGACCAGAGCGAAGGCAAUAUUGCCAUCAAGCACUACCAGCUCAAGGCACCGGCACUCUUGCUGUCAUCUUUUGCCGAAGUUUUACUUCUGGACAGUGACAGUAUACCACUAGUGGAUCCAGAGACUGCCAUCUUCGAAACAGAGCCAUACCAGUCCAGCGGAUUGUUAACGUGGCCUGAUUUUUGGGUCGCCACUGAAUCGCCUCGCUUUUGGGAUAUUGCUGGCUUGACCGAGUUUCCAGAGAACCUGCCAUCAACAUCAAGCGAGUCCGGCCAACUCGUCGUCAACAAGAAGACGCAUCUUGCUCCUUUGCUCUUGGCGACUUAUUAUAAUCUCUUUGGCGUGGAUUUCUUCUACCCUCUUCUGAGCCAAGGUGCCCUGGGUCAGGGCGAUAAGGAGACGUUCAUGGCCGCUGCCGUUGCCUUGGAUGCCCCAUAUUACCGCGUCAAGACCCCUGCAGUUUCUCUCGGACGACACGACGGCAUCAAGAAGAAGGGAACCGCCAUAGUGCAACACUUGCCAUCUGACGAUGCCUCAAGCAGGCAGGGAGGUUCGGACAAGAUCCGUCCUGCCUUUCUGCACUCGAAUACACCCAAAAUGAAUGCUGGGCAUCUAGUAGAUGAGGGAGACUUGAUUGCAAAAAAUGGCAAGUCGAGAUUGAGACUUCUCGGGCCAAAGGCAGAAGCGGAAAACAUAUUUGGGUUUGAUAUCGAAGAUACCCUGUGGGACUUGUUGGUUCAGACCGGGUGCGAGCUGGCAGACACCAUUGAGGAAUGGAAAAAGAGAGAUAGGCUGUGCGAAAGAUUGACUGAACAUCACAAUCUCGUCUUUGAGAGCUAG